UAACGUGACAUUGCAUAAGCUUCAAGAUGUUGUUUUUUUGCUGCACAUUACUUAGAUACAUAUUAUUCAAGAAUAAAAAACAUUACCAGUCAUGCAUUAAACUAAAGAGUGAGCUAAGAUGUGAUGCUACAACUCAUCUAAGGCAUCUAGAGGUCGGCUGCUGACACAGAGUUGGUGGUGGGGGGGGGGGGUUGUGCAUUUGUUAAUAAGCUGCUUCUCAGUGUCAAAGUUUAUGAAGUACAACAGUUGGAGUACAGUAUUUAGAAUUGAAAGGUAGUGCAUACAAGAAAGAUGAAGGAAUCGGAUUUGCUGGAGAUGCUGGUGCAACUUUCUGAUGCUAUCAGCAAGCAAGAUGAAAAGUAUGUCGACAUGUUGAGGGUUCUGUACAGAGAUCUUGCAAAUGUUAAAACAGAAUUAGAGGAAGCUAAAUCUGCAUUUGAUUUAUUCAAAAGACUGAUAGCACCAGGAAUUUUGAAGCCAACAGAUAUUUCAGUUUUGUUUGAAACAAUUGAACUAACUGGAUUGAAAUAUUUGAAAGAUAUAAUUAAGAAGUAUGAGAAAUAUCCUGAUGAAGUAAAGAUCACUCAAUUUUCACCACAUCGUCAACAGGUUGUUGCUCUGGGAAAGGACUUCUCACUUAAAUAUCUCCAGAAGGUUAGUCUAUUAUACGAAGGUAAUUUUCCUAGUCCAUGGAAACUGAUUCAACACCUUGAAGAUACAUCUGUUUUAACCGAAAAUAGCAUGUCAUCAUUUCUUCAACGUUUGAAUGAGAAUAAAGUAAAUGAAGAUUUUAAUAAACUGCUUGUGAGAAUAUCUGAAGAAAUCAGCAUGAAGGGUGAAAAGUAUGUAGACAUGUUGAGAGUUCUGUACAAUGAUCUUACAGAGUUCAAAGCAGAUUUGGAGGAAGCUAAUGCUGCCUUUGAUUUGUUCCAAAUACUAUGUGUAGCAGCCAUUUUGAAACCAACUGAUACUUCAAUUUUGUUUGAAACAAUUGAAGUAACUGGGUUAAGGUUUUUGAAAGAUAUAAUUCAGAUGUAUGGCACAUAUCCAGAUGAAGUGAAGAUCACUCGAUUUUCAGCACAUCGUCAACAUCUGGUUGCUCUUGGAAAAGAUUUUACAACCCAAGAUAUUCAAAGGGUUGCUCAGAUGUAUGAAGUUCCAGAUGGCUUUCGUUCAAAUCCAUGGAAACUAAUUUCAUUUCUUGAAAGGAAGGGUAUUGUUUCAGAAGAUAACUUAUCAUCAUUUCUCAAGAAAAGUGUUGGUGAGUGUGAUAAUUAUUUAAUGAUUUGAUUUGUAAUGCCAAAUUACAAGUAUUGUAACGUUCUAAUCUAUGUGAUAUUAAAUUAGGUGUAUGACUCUCAGAGCCCAAAAGGUAGAAAGCUACAGUAAUGCUGGAUAUUUUUCGCUCAUAACAAUACUGUACAAAUCCAACUGAUCAAAUCUUAGAUUGAAUACCAAAAAUACAUCACUGAAUCAUUAUUGCGAGAAGGAUAUAGAACAAUUAACUUGCAUUCCAUUUUCAAUAUGUACAGUAUUUGUAACCUAGGUUUAGUCAAUAAAAUUGUAGCUAUAAAUAAAUAUCUUGGAAACAAAUACACAAACAUCAAAAUAUAUAUUAGUUAACUUGUCAAUUAAAAUAAAUGUUUAUUACUAUAGUAAACAUUGAAUGAUGUUAAUUACAGUAGCAUUCAGUAAUUUCAUGAAAACAUGGAACUAUAAAAAAAUUACUAUAUUUUAAAUUAAGACUUUACAACACACUUUUUGUUUCCGUUCUAUUGUACUAGAACAGUUCAGAACUCUCUGUUAAAUGGUGGAAAAAUGUUCUGAUUCUUUGGCCUCAAAUAAUCAAUAUGUAAUUUGUAUAAAAUAACUGACACAACCAAACUGUCCGGAAUAAUUGGAAAAUCAGUAAGAUGAUGCUAGAUCACAUACUUAGACAAUGAAAAUACACCAGCAUUUUCUGCCAUUUCAUUUCCUGUAGGUAAUUCAAAAACAUAUAAAUUUCAUGAGGGCGGACCACUGAGUAA